GGUCCAGGAAUUAUAAUCCUUGAGGAAGAGAUUUCUAUCUAGAUCAUAUGACGACGGGUGGGGUGUAUUUAUUGGGGCUUUCUGGGAAGGGGGUUCCACUCGGAGAAGGAGACCAGGCAGAUUGGAAGGAUGCAGAACGCGGCCACAAACAGCAAGCUGAGCCCGGUUGGGAAAAUGACCUUCCUUUCACGCACUGAGACCUUCGCAGCCGCCCACCGGCUACAAAGCAAAUCUCUGAACGAUGCCGAGAACCGGAAACUCUUUGGGAAAUGCAACCAAAGCCACGGACACAACUAUAAAGUGACAGUGACCAUAUGUGGAAAGAUUGAUCCCAUCAGUGGCAUGUUCAUGAACAUUUACAAGCUUCAGGAAUAUAUGCAGGAGGCCAUCAUGGAGCCCCUGGACCACAAAAACCUGGACCAAGAUGUGGACUUCUUUGCCAGUGUCCCAAGCACAACGGAGAACCUGGCUGUUUAUAUCUGGAACAACCUGGAGAAAAUCCUCCCUCUCGGAUGCCUCUACAAAGUCAAGGUCUAUGAAUCUGAGAAGAACUUCAUCGUAUACAAGGGAAACUAACGAAGAAGGGGAGAAGGGUGGCUGGGAGAACUAUUUUCCUACGUCCAUCUUGAUAAACAUGUUGUUGUUGUUGUUUUAAAUGAGGUCUGAGUGACAAGCCCUUACUAAGGCUGUCUGCCGAGUUAAACUGUAUAUCCAUACAAUCUCAUAAAAGAUGGUGUCAUGUUUUCUAAAUGAGUGAUGGGAACGAUCUGCAUAAUUCGCACAACAAAAACCUCAUCCAUUGCAACGGCGUUCCAAAUUGCUUGUGUUUUGCAAAGUGGGAUGUAAAUACACAUAAUAAACACAACAAAGGAACUUCA